AUGGCUUACCAAGAACUAAACUCAAAGCCUUAUAAUAAAAAAAUCGUAUGGAAAAUUGCCUUAAAUGCCAGCAUCGGCUCAUUUAUAUUUGGCUACAACACAGGAGUUUUCAACUCAAAUCAAUUAAAUGUCGCAGCAACUUUAGGAUGGGGUGGUAACGAAAAUCUUUAUAUUUCAAUCAUGGCUGCUAUGAUGCCAUUUGGAGGAUUGUUUGGUGCAUUAUUUGCAGGCACUAUAGCUCAAAAAAUAGGUAGAAGAAAAGCCCUUAUGCUGAUGGAUGUAAUUAACAUUUUUGGGUGUGUAUUUUUUAUAUGUCCUUAUACUUCAGCAUUUGCAUUAGGGAGAUUUAUUACAGGCUAUACAACAGGGUCAUUUAGCGUAUUAUCUCCACUUUAUAUUGGGGAAACUUCACCACCUGAUAUUAUGGGGACGAUUGGAAGCUUGUGUGGAUUAAUACUUGCUGUAGGAAUUAUGGUAGCUUAUGCUAUGGCUUUACCUUUGCCUACGGGUGAUUAUCAUUCUGAUCCUUUGAAUUAUUGGUGAAUAUUUAUGUUUGUUUUUCAAGCCUUGUUUACAGCUUUUCAAUUCUUUGUUUUAUGGAAGGUAUACAAAGAAGACACGCCUAUAUGACUUUUAUCAAAAAAGCAGGAUCAAAAAGCAUUAAAAAGUUCAAUGCAGUAUUAUAACGAAGAUGAGGCUGUCAAAGUAAUCCAAAAACUCAGAGCUUCCAUGUCAGCAGACCGCGACAAAACUCUUGAAGCAAUAGAAAAAGAAGUCCCAGAGACUGCAACAUCAGAAAAACCAAAAGAAAUCGAUAACUCAAAGCGUCAAACUGACUAUACUUAUAAAGAGCUCCUAUGCUGCAGCAAGAAAAGCAGAAAAAUGAUGAGACUUGGAAUCUUAGUCAACGUUUUCCAAGUAGCUGCUGGAGUUGACGCUUUAUUUGCAUAUACCACUAAAAUCUUUAGUGAAUUAGGCGGCGGCGUAUUUGAGUCACGUGCCUACACAGUUGUGUUUGGGGUUGUGACCGUUAUUUCCACUCUUGCAGUAUUCCCAGUUGUCGACAGAUUCAAUCGAAAAACAUUGAUUUUAUUAGGAAAUGGAGGCAUGUUUAUUACUAUGUUUUUCCUUGGGUUAUUUGCAGAAGAGUUUUCAGGGUCUGGGCCAAUCCCAUCCCUAGUUUUUGUGCUAUUAUAUGUACUUGCAUGGUCAAUCGGUUUAGGCACAAUCUGUUGGGUUUAUUCAGGGGAAAUCUUAACAUCUCGAGCCAUAAGUAUUUGUAUUGGCGUAAACUGAAUAGUCAUCAUAUCACUCCCCCCCCCCCUCCGUGAGCGAACAAAAAAAUUUUGUUCGCUCACGGAGGGGGGUUAAUUUUUUUUUUUAAAAAAAAUUUAUAUAUAAAUUUUAUAAAAAAUAUUUUUUUCGAAAUUUAAAAAAAUCCUAAUUUGCAAAAAUUGGGAAGCAAAUAUUAAUUUAAUUUGCAAAAUUUAUGUUUUAAAACGCAAUUUGUUUAAAAAUUAAACAGAAUUAGCUCUAGAUUUCAUUAUACUAAUUAUCACUUAUAUAUCAAAAUUUUUUUCCAUUAAAAUUUUUUCUAUUAAAAAAAUUUUUGUUCACUCACGGAGGGUGGGUUUUUGGUCAAAAAAUGGCGAUUUUUCUAAUGGUUUUGUUCGCUCACGGAGGGGGGGGGGGGAGUCAGUAAUUUUUACCUUUCCUCACAUUGCCUCUUGGUUUUCUAUAGGCAUCGCAUUUUGGGUUUACGCUGUAAUCAGCGCCCUUGGAAUUGUUUAUUUCCUCAUUGAGUUUGUAGAAACUAAAGGAUUAGAUUCCACACAAAUAAAAGAAGCUUUUGAUAAAUAUAAAUAG